AGUUUUGCGCUGUUUCCUGUUUCGUUUAGGAACGAUAUUGUUCAAUGUUAUGUCAACUGUCAACACUACCGUCAGUCACGGCGUCGACGGUCGGCGGGAGGAAUGCAAGUGAAUUUUCAAUUUGAAUUCUUCCAGUUCACCACUGCACGCGGUCAGACUUGUAAUUUUCUGGACAAGUCACCUCCUGUCUUGCUGGUACUCAGCAGGGGAUAGCUGGUAGGCUCAUCGGACCACGGCCAUUCUCUGGUGAUAGAAGAUCGCUUAGAUCGUUGAUGCUCAGAACAGUAAGAACGCUGAUGCUUGAAAUUGAAACACGGUCUCAUUGGAUGUGAUACAGUGGAAAGUUUGAAAGGAUAGAACUGAAAAUAUUGAAAAUGCAGGAAGCCAUUUAUUUUUAUGAUAGUGCUCAAGCACAGAGAUAUUAUUACAACCAGGCUACUCUUCAGCAUACAUUUUAUCAAGAAUUUUCAGAAUGUUUCGUGCAGCAGGCUUUUGAAAUCUGCCCAGGUCAUGAGCAAGAUUUUGCUGAUACUGUUAGGAAGAUAGAUGCUGCUCGUCCAGGAUUUGUACAAUCCUGGCAUGUUGGAUUUGCAUUGAUGCGAGCUAUAGCAUAUGGGAGACCAGAUGUGAUCAUCUCCUUGUUGUAUGGUGGAGUCGAUGUCAAUCAGACGUUUCGAGGGCGCUCCAUGGUGCAUGAGGCAGUCAAGCAAGGCAACUCUGACAUGCUAGAGUUUGUGCUGUCGCUUCCCGGAAUAGAAAAGGAUGCCUACGAUGUCACCGGAAAGACUGCUUUGAUGCAUGCAACGGGGAGUACACCGGAGUGUUUGAAAGUCUUGCUGGAUGCUGGGUGCAAUAUGUUUUUAAAGGACGGAGAAGGAAAUUCUGCCAUACACCAGCCGUUCAAGACCUUGGAUUCGUCAUGUGGGAAUGUCGUUGAGUGCCUGGAUAUGCUUCUGCGGUAUGGCGCACACCUUGGUGCUAGAGGCGCUCAGGGAAAGACUUGCCUCCAGCGCGCUGUGGAGAUGGGGAACCACUUGCUGGUCCACUGGCUGAUCAUGCGCAACGUGGACCUCCAGCAACACGUGACCAACGUACACAUCAUCCUGGACACACAGCUGUACCGAUCCCGCGACCUCUACGACAACGUGCUCCUCCUGGCAGUGCACCAGGCCGACCGCAAGCUCAUGGAGGUGCUCAUUGCUUGCGGCUGUUCCUUCAGGCAUUACUCGUGGCUACUGCCGUACUGUAAAUCAUUUCGAAUGCUCCACGCGAGCCUUCAAGGUGCCUUGUCGCAGGUCGGCUCUUUGCAGUCCCUGUGCCGUGCGGUUAUUCGCCCUUGCCUCUCGAACGAUAUUGAGCGAGAUGUGGCCUGUCUGGGAAUUCCUCGCCCACUGCAGAGUUUUCUUUUGUGUAGAGGGGAAACUCAAGUUCUUGUACAGGAUAGCUCCACGUAGGCGAAAUCCACAAGACAUUGCAGAGAUACUGGACAUGAAGUUUGUUCACAUGCUCUAUAUGUCUUGUGUUCAGCUGGACAUGAAAUUUGUUCACAUGCUCUUUAUUUCUUAUGUAUGAGUGCACAGAAAAGAUAUCUCAAGUUGGUGGGGGGAGGUUGGUUUUUUUUUUUUUUUUUUUUUUUAAGUAUGUCGUGUGUGGUGGAAAGAGAAUAUUCCUCCAACUGGUGGUACUUAAGUUUGUUUAACCCUCUGGUCUGGAAGGCAUGUCUGAUUGAACCCUGAGCCUACAUUAUUCAGGGUUCGUACGGGUCUUGGAAUACUGGAAAACUCUUGGAAGUUUGUUUUUUUUAUCUUCCAAGACAUGGAGAACUCUUUGAAUUUGGGGAAUUUGGCAAAAUUCUUGGAAAAGCCUAGGAAAAACAAAUUUUAAACUAGAUCUAUUGUAAAAAUAUUUCCUCGGAGUUUAGAAGGCCUCGAUUUUCCGCAUUCUGAAGAGUACCAUAAUGUAUUAUUACAUGCUGAAUGAAAAAUUUUCUUCCUAAGUGACAUGUCAUUUGUCUUGUAAAAAAGAAAUCUAGUCUUGAAAACUCUUGGAAGUCUCUUG